AUGGCAGAUGAAUUUGCUAAACGUGUACCUGUCCCCGAGACUAUUACUUUCAAACAAGAGGUCUUUGGAGGGCCCAAAAACCUUAAAGUUGGUACAACUGUGUUUAAACCUUUAAAUACUGAAAAUGAAAUAUUACCAGUUAUAUUAUAUUUGCAUGGUGGUGGUUGGGUAUUCGGUAAUGCUAUAACUCAUCGAAAGAUUGCUACUGAUCUUUGUCUAAAGACACACGCAGCUGUCAUGCUUGUUGAAUACAGCUUGAGCCCCGAAGUCAAAUUCCCUGUUGCCAACGAACAAAGCUUUGCAGCCCUUUGUUGGCUCCGCGAGCACGGCUCAUCUAUCAACAUCAACCCCGAUCAAAUUGCUGUAGUAGGUGAUUCUGCAGGUGGUAACAUGGCUGCUGUUGUCUCUAUGAUGGCUAAAGAUCGUGGCAUACCUAACGCUAUUAAGGCACAAAUCUUGAUGUACCCUGCUGUUGAUGCUGACUUUACUCUUUACGAGUCCUAUAAGUUAUAUGGUGGUGGUGAAUGUUAUUUGUCAUUAAAGGAAGCUGAGCUUUGCUCCAAGGCUUAUUUACCCAAGCCAGCACUUGAAUUAAACGAUCGUUAUGCAACACCCAUUUUGGCCACUAAAGAAGAUUUAAUGGGUUUACCACCAGCUUUAGUUCUGACGUCUGAAUGUGAUAUCCUACGAGAUGGAGGAGAAGCCUAUGUAUCUAAAUUAAUUGAGGCAGGUGUUUACACAGUUGGUAUGCGUAUAUUGGGCUCCAUUCAUGCUUUCAUGACAACUCCUAUACCUGAUACUCCUCAAUACCGUACUUGUAUUAGAGUCGUCUGUGAUUUCAUUAAAGAACAAACAAAUUUCAACCAAUAA